AUGGGAUGUCGGAUCACUCUAUGUCUCGAUCUAGUACGGCUCAUGGCUCGGUGCAAUCGCCCAAUCGCAGACCUAGUGUUUAAAUUUAGGGGUGGCCGGAGAAACCUAAUGGGAUUGAGAGCUGCUGGAGAGCCCCUUGCCCCUCAGGCGCAAGACAUGGUUGCUUCUCCCCAGCAACCCUACCCUACAUGUGCCGUCGCAGCUCUAUCAAACGAUGAUAUCCCCAUGGCUGAGGUAGGGGAGCAAACUCGACGACGCCGUCUGAUCCUUGAGGUUGAUUCGGAUGAUGACGAGAUUGACCUUGCCCAGUCGGUUGUGCUUUGUGUUUUCUUUAGUUGUAAUACUGCUGUCAGGGCUUCCCAAUUGGCCCAUCUUAGUUAA